AUGGCUGUCGACGAUGACUCUUUCAGAACCGAGCUCCGGAAUACCAAAGUGCUCGAGGGUCCAUUCCCAGACCUAGACUUUGACAAGUUUCCAGAGCUCCCCCACGAUUCCUUCAAGCUGUGGUUCCACGAAGCGGUCGCAGCUGGCGUCAAAGAGCCCCAUGCGAUGACUGUUUCGACGGUCGAUGACCAAGGCCACCCGGAUGCCCGAGUUCUUAUUCUGAAAAACGUCGAUGCUCGUGGCUGGCAAUUCGCCGUCAAGUCCGACAGCCCCAAGGGCAGACAAUUGGCUGGCAAUGGGCAUGCCGCCUUGACCUUUUACUGGCCCCAACUUGCCCGGCAAAUUCGUUUAAAGGGCAGAGCUAUUGAGCUUCCCAAGGCAGAAAGUGCUGCUGACUACAAAGCUCGGCCUCCUGCCUCAAGAAUAAGCGCAGUAGCCUCAAAUCAGAGUGAGCUGCUUCUCGACCGUGAUGCGCUGACCCGGAAGUUUGCCGAAACCGAGUUGGAAAUGUCCAAAGAUACAAUGCUGGGCGUGGACAAAUGGCGCGUCUUUACUGUUGCAGCCGAUGCGGUCGAAUUCUGGCAGGGAGAGGCUAGUCGCCUUCACCAGCGACUCCAGUAUGUGUACGAUAAGGACGAAGAUAAGUGGCAGAGGCACUUUCUGUGGCCUUGA